AUCGUCCAAAUAAUUCUACAUACAAUUGUAUACCCAUUUCUGGGCAAAUAUCAGUGUCUGUCAGUAUCCAAAAUUGGAAUAAAUUCCAAAAUCCAUUAUAUUUCCACAUAUUCAGUUCAAAUAGGCCCGUCUCAAAGUAUCAAUUUGUUCAAAUUUCUCAAUUCUGCUGUCAAGUCAUACCAGAUACCACAGCAAAGCCAAAAUGAGACCAAGAUCCGCCAGACGCUAUCGAAAAGAUAGCAAAGCGUUUCCCGGUGCACCCACCAGUGCCAACCUGCAGCCACCUGACCACCAACAUCCUCCUAGCCACAAGCUAGAAAAAGAAAAAGAGCCAUGGAUCCAGCAUACCACAAGUGCACAUUCCAAAGCCAACUGGAAUCCUCUCUCAAAUAAGUAUAUAGCCAGGGACUGCCAGAUCCAGCAUACCACAAGUGCACAUUCCAAAGCCAACUGGAAUCCUCUCUCAAAUAAGUAUAUAGCCAAGGACUGCCAGAUUGUCCCAUGGAGACCAAUAUUGCGAGCCAAGAUCACCAGCCAAUUCCAAAUGUAA